GCCCCCAGCUUACUUUUGCUUGCUUUCUCCUUUGUGUGUGGGCUUUGUAGCUGUAGGGCUAAGCGGGCAUCAUGGCUGCUCAGAAAGAUCUCUGUGAUGCCAUUGUGAUCGGGGCAGGCAUCCAAGGCUGCUUCACAGCAUACCACCUGGCCAGACACGGGAAGAGGGUCAUCCUGCUGGAGCAGUUUUUUCUACCACACUCCCGAGGAAGCUCCCAUGGGCAGAGCCGGAUAAUCCGGAGGGCGUAUCCCGAAGACUUUUACACCCAGAUGAUGGAUGAGUGCUACCAGAUAUGGGCCCAGCUCGAGCGUGAGGCUGGGACCCAGUUACACAGGCAGACUGGGCUACUGCUGCUGGGAAUGAAGGAGAAUUCAGAAUUGAAAACCAUCCAGGCCACUUUGUCUCGACAGGGGGUGGAACACCAGUGUCUCUCGGCUGAGGAACUAAAGCAAUGUUUCCCCAAUGUUCGGUUGGCCAGGGGAGAAGUGGGGCUCUUGGACAAGUCUGGAGGGGUUCUCUAUGCAGACAGGGUUCUCAGAGCCCUCCAGGAUGCAAUUCAACGUCUCGGAGGCCUAGUGCGUGAUGGAGAGAAGGUGGAAGAGAUAAAACCAGGGCAACCCAUCACAGUGAGAAGUACUUCCAGGAGCUACCAAGCCAGAAGCUUGAUCAUCACAGCGGGUCCUUGGACCAACCGGCUCCUCCGUCCCCUGGGAAUUGAGCUGCCCCUCCGGACCCUGCGGAUCAAUGUGUGUUACUGGCGAGAGAAGGUUCCUGGAAGCUAUGGUGUGUCCCAGGCCUUUCCUUGCUUCCUGGGGCUGGGCCUCAGCCCGGCUCCCCACCACAUCUAUGGGCUGCCUUCUGGAGAGUACCCAGGGCUGAUGAAGGUCUGCUAUCACCACGGCAACAAUGCAGAUCCUGAGGAGCGGGACUGCCCGGAAGCAUUCUCAGAAACCCAAGACAUCCACAUUCUGAGCCGCUUCAUUAGAGAUCACUUGCCUGACCUAGAGCCCAAACCUGCCAUUAUGGAGCGCUGCCUGUAUACGAACACCCCAGAUGAGCACUUUGUUCUUGAUCGCCACCCGAAGUAUGACAACAUUGUCAUUGGUGCUGGAUUCUCUGGACAUGGAUUCAAGCUCUCCCCUGUUGUGGGGAAGAUCCUGUAUGAGUUAAGCAUGAAAUUAACACCAUCCUAUGACUUGACACCUUUUCGAAUGAGCCGCUUCCCUGGCCUGGGUAAAGCCCACCUUUGACUCCUGGCCAGCUUUAAACUCUGGCUAUUAAAUGGCAGCCUGUUCUCUUGUCUCUCUUGAGUCCCCUGUCAACAGCGGAUGAUUGAAUCGACCUUCUUUCUCUGGGCAGCUCCCCGUCCCACUAUUUUCUUGCUUUCAGAAGGUCAACCAGAUAUUCUAUCAUCACCAAGUACCAAGGACCUUUGAGACGGAUGUCUCAAUAAGGAGGAUGCCCAGGGACGGGCUCAGGGAACCCAAGCAGUUAUUAGAAUUGUCUUCCAUGAGACAUUUAUAAACUUGGGGUGGUUUAACUGAAGCUGCCCAGGGGAGGGUAAAUAAGAUGAUGUGUAGAUCGCUACUGCCUUUGGAGUUCCUUUUCCUAAAACUAGAGCCACCCUCCAUCACAACCCCAGCCCCACAAAUCUGGCUCACCUUGGGUGCACAAUAAAUGUUUGUUGAAAAAACCGUGUUGAAUAAGCAAAGAAAUGAAGAGCCGCAUUGCAUUCAGGUCUGCGGUGGGCUUUCUUCUCCAUGCGACCUUGCUUCUUAAGAGACUCUUGUUGUCUAAAUCAGCGCCAGAGUCCAUAACCCCAAGAAUUCUUGGGGUCUUUAUCCCCUCAGUGUCCCGUACCCUCUUUCCCUGGAUCCUUUGUCUGGUUCUCAUUCUCUCUCUAGCUCUGUAAAGAGGCUUAGCUCCCCAGUCUCUCAUUAGGGUGUAUU